GGAGAUCACAUUAAUCACAUGGGCAUCUAGCUACAUAAACGUCAUAUAGUCUCAACACUCUGCUCCAUACGUGAAUGAGCAGUGUUUCUAAGUUUCGUGAGGGUCCAUUUCUAUGUUCAACCUUCCCUUUCCCUACUAUACCAGAGCCUCCACUAGCCCCACGAGAUGUGAGAGUGAGAGAUGUGACUAACCAGACCCUCGCCCUCUCCUGGUCUCCUCCUCCAGCAGGUGGCCCUCCUCAAUACGACACGCACUACACCGUCUCCUACAGAGACCAGGAGAUUACAGUGGAGGGAGCCACAGAGUUGAAAGUGACUGGACUCACUCCGUUCUUCUCCUACACCUUCUCUGUGACAGCAGAGAACUCAGUCUCUUCACAUGACACAGACACUGCAGUCAGGACUACCUCUGUCUCUAUCACAACUCUGGAGGGGGUUGCAGGUAGAGUUGAGGAGAUAGAGAUCAGGGAGGGGGCAGGAGAUGACUUCAUCUCCUGGUCAGAGCCACGCCCUCCCCACGGCAUCAUUCUCCACUACUACAUCAGGAUCAUUGAGAGCGGGAAGGAGACUCUCAUAAAGGACUACAACAGUACCACCAUCUCGUGGGACACCUGGAAAAACAAGUGGAAAAUCACCACCUCGGAAAACGUCAAAAUACAGAUUCAGGCAGCAACGAAAAUAGGGAGAGGUGAAUAUUCGGAAGUGCUAAACAUAUCCCUUUCUGAGACUAGCCCUGAUGCAACUGUGCACACAUCGAGUUGGUACCUCGCUUUACUAAUAGUACCUCUGGCGACAUUGACCAUGAUUAUUACUUCAGCCGUCAUACUUAGAAAAAACUGCUUAGUUACAAAAACCAAGUCCUCCUCCUCUACUAAUGUGGAGUGUAAUAAAAUGUCGCAAGGAAACACCAUGCCUUCCCUAACAUGCAGUCAGAACCCCAUCCAGCUUGAAUUCUCCCUUAAUGAUAAUCCCAGUUAUGAAUUGGUCGGCAGCAGUGGAGUCUACUGGAAUGAAGGACUUGGAGAUAACCAGUUAACUUCACAUGGAACUACUGCAGCUUCCUUGGAGAUCCAGCCCCAUCAAGUGUUUUCUGGGUGUGAGUCAGUCAAUUCCCCCACUACACCUGUCUGGGAAUCCGGACCAAUUUAUCAGGAGAUAACUACUUAGCAUUCGUCACUAUUGUCAUGAGUGAAUUGAAAACUGCGACAAUACAGAGUACGCAUGCGCAGUAGUAGUGUGGGCGUUGCAUGCAAUCUGUUGGGAAUCUCUCACAGUGAGACUGAGUGAUGGCUCUUCAGGGCAGCUCAUACGCGAGGUUCUCUACAGUGGCUCUGUGUCUCACCAGUCUCGCAGGCCUCGCGAGGACCCAGGCACCCCAUGACGGAGAGCAGGGCUGUUUGGACGACUCCUCACAUCCUCAGUACGACGACCACGUCCGUCAUCUCCUCGACACACGAGAUUACAGCAAACUACUGCCGUACGACUCUGACGGCACGGGAGGUGUGUGGCAGACGUUGGAUAGCGAUGGAGAUGGAGUCAAAUGGGGAGCCAACAGUGCUGUAUAUUGCAAUGAAGUUGUUCAUGUGUGUGGAAGAUCAAGUGGUCAUCAGGAUAACUGGAUGAUAACUCAACACAUUUCAGUUCCAGACAAUGUUACAACUGUGCAAGUAAUGAUUCAUUCGAGACUUGACGAUUCUUGUGUUCCCUCUGCUCCAUCGUGUGUGGACGAUCUGUCGCUGUAUGUGUGGGAGACUCCGACUCAGAACAACCUGUUAGCUGCAGACACCAGUAACUAUCACUUCAUUUCUAACGUCAGCAGUGGAGAGAGAGAGAUAAAGAUUUCUCCACUCAGUCAGUCUGGGUUAUACCUUGGUAUCAGGGACAAUGGGACAUGUGCCAGUGUCAGUCGAGUGUUGGUCUACUAUCAGCCUGUGUGUGAGGCGGGGAGUGAGGGUCUGGUGAGAGUGGACCAGAACACCUCUGCUGGGAACACUCUCCAGGGCCACUGUGUGGAGAACAGUGUAUCCACUAGUGACUCUGGACCUCCGCUACUGGAGUGUCAGGAGUCUGGACGGUGGAGAGUGGUCAGUGGGUGUCAGUGCUCUGCACACUACUUCUUAGACCACUCCAGAGACCUUUGUCUCGAGCCUCCACCAGCCCCACGAGAUGUGAGAGUGAGAGAUGUGACUAACCGGACCCUCACCCUCUCCUGGUCUCCUUCUCCAGCAGAUGGCCCUCCUCAAUACGACACACACUACACCGUCUCCUAUGGAGACCAGGAGAUUACAGUGGAGGGAGCCACAGAGUUGAAAGUGACGGGACUCACUCCGUUCUUCUCCUACACCUUCUCUGUGACAGCAGAGAACUCAGUCUCUUCACAAGACACAGACACCGCAGCCAGGACUACCUCUGUCUCUAUCACAACUCUGGAGGGGGAGCCACGCCCUCCCCACGGCAUCAUUCUCCACUACUACAUCAGGAUCAUUGAGAGCGGGAAGGAGACUCUCAUAAAGGACUACAACAGUACCACCAUCUCGUGGGACACCUGGAGAAACAAGUGGAAAAUCACCACCUCGGAAAACGUCAAAAUACAGAUCCAGGCUGAGACGAGUGUAGGUAGAGGAGAGUACUCUGAGGAGGUGGACGUUUUCCCAUCAGCUGAGAUUAUGAAUUGGUCAGCAGCAGUGGACUCUACUGGAAUGAAGGACUUGGAGGGCGGCUCAUACGCGGAGUUCUCUACGGUGGCUCUGUGUCUCGCCAGUCUCGCAGGCCUCGCGAGGACCCAGGCACCCCAUGACGGAGAGCAGGGCUGUUUCGACGACUCCUCACAUCCUCAGUACGACGACCACGUCCGUCCUCUCCUCGACACACGAGACUACAGCAAACUACUGCCGUACGACUCUGACGGCGCGGGAGGUGUGUGGCAGACGUUGGAUAGCGAUGGAGAUGGAGUCAAAUGGGGAGCCAACAGUGCUGUAUAUUGCAAUGAAGUUGUUCAUGUGUGUGGAAGAUCAAGUGGUCAUCAGGAUAACUGGAUGAUAACUCAACACAUUUCAGUCCCAGACAAUGUUACAACUGUGCAAGUAAUGAUUCAUUCGAGACUUGACGUUUCUUGCCUUCCCUCUGCUCCAUCGUGUGUGGACGAUCUGUCACUGUAUGUGUGGGAGACUCCAACUCAGAACAACCUGUUAGCUGCAGACACCAGAAACUAUCACUUCAGUUCUAACGUCAGCAGUGGAGAGAGAGUGAUAAAGAUUUCUCCACUCAGUCAGUCUGGGUUAUACCUUGGUAUCAGGGACAAUGGGACAUGUGCCAGUGUCAGUCGAGUAUUGGUCUACUACAGUGUGUGUGAGGCGGGAAGUGAGGGUCUGGUGAGAGUGGACCAGAACACCUCUGCUGGGAACACUCUCCAGGGCCACUGUGUGGAGAACAGUGUAUCCACUAGUGACUCUGGACCUCCGCUACUGGAGUGUCUGGAGUCUGGGCGGUGGAGAGUGGUCAGUGGGUGUCAGUGCUCUGCACACUACUUCUUAGACCACUCCAGAGACCUUUGUCUCGGUGAGUUAUGUGAAUAGACUGUAAUUGCU